CGGUGGUGGGGGCGGCUGUGAGUUUUUCAGCGCAAUGACGCCGAGUUGGAGGUCAUGGAUUGUUCUCGUGAUGAGUAUCUGCAGCGUGGGGUUGGAUGGGAAUGGCAUUAGGAGAACAGGAGGAGGAGGAGGAGGAGGAGAGAGUGGUUGGUUCUCUCUCUCCCUGGGUCCUCAACUUUACGGGGCAUAUGCACAGAACCCCGCCUCGAGUGCCGACGAGGCUUUCAUUCCCACUCGGACGGUUUUUGGUUUUCUUGAAAAUACUGUACUUGCCCCAAAUAAUCUCGCCCCAUCAAGCAGCGAUGGAGGCUUUUUUUAUGCGAAUGUCAAGAGCAUCCACAUGGCCAGGGCGGACAACUCGUCCUCAUCCGGAUCCGGUUAUUUCUCGUUGUGGUUCACGCCCUUUGUGGCCAAUAUUUUGAUCAAUAUGUCUUCAGAUACGUUUAAGCGCGGGGAGAUCUGGAGGUUCGAUCUGUCUACCCGAGCAUUAUCACUCGUGGCGGGCACACGUUAUCUUCAGGGGUAUGUAGAAGGCGAGGGGAAGAAGGCAGUGUUCAAUCUUCCCAGUUCGUUGGCGCUGUCGGCUGACGGCAAUACCCUGUACGUCCUCGACAAUUACAACGACAUGGUUCGAACCGUCGACCUCUCGAGGAACACCAACCAAACUGGCGUUUUCUUCCAACUGCGGGGUAACGCGAGCGCGCCGAGCGUCUCGACGACGAAUUACCAGCAACAAGGUGCCAGCGACAUGACGCUCAAGCGCAGGGGACAAGUACUGAACAUGUACUCGCGAAUGGCCUUUGACCCCGUCGAGGGCAUGUUCUACUUGACUACUAAUCAAUCAGUUGUGGUAAUUAAUGCCAACACGAAGUCGAUCAAUAGAACGUACGAUCUCCCACUGACUGAGCAGGUCGGCAUGGCAUUGUCACAGGACGCCAGCUGGCUCUUCGUUGCAGAUCUCGCGGGAGAUGGAAUGGCGGGAAAGCUCCACAUAGUGAAUCUGACGGCCGGAAGAGGAGGAGGAGGAGGAGGAGGAGGAGGAGGAGGAGGAGCGGGGGUAGCGGUUGGUGGCGAGAUUGUGUCGCUGGGUAGGGACAUUUUUGGCUUGAAUUUUCUGCCAUGGGGCCUUGCUUUGACACGAGAGGGGAGCCAUCUGUUCGUUGGAGAUUUGGGUAAGAAGUCUGUGCGGCUCGUUAGAUUGAGUGCAGAUCGACGGUCCAUAGUGAACAUGACGGAUGUGGUCGCGAAUGCAAUUCGGCCUGAAUGCAUCGCGCUUGCAAGGAACGAGAGCACUCUUCUUGUAGGGAAUCUCUUAGACGAUCCUUAUAUUCCGUCUAAUCAACUCUUCGUCGGUGAAAUCAACAAGACAGCUCUGCUUGCAUUCGGAGAGAACUCUACUCUGUCUCCGUCUCCCACUCCCGCUCCCUCUCUCUCCCCGUCUUCCACUCCCGCUCCCUCUCUCUCUGUCCCCAGUGAAGGUCCAUCCCCGAGGGUUCGUGACAAGUCGGCCGAGACAGAUUCUUCGGCCGUUGACGGGUCGCCCUCUGAGCCUUCAAACGCCGUAGCCGCCGCCGAGGCUCAGCAGGCUGCGGCAGAGGCAGAACGUCAGCGGCUGGCCAAUGAGGCAGCAGCCGAAGCUCAGCGGACAGCUGAGACUGACGAAGCGGCACGAAACAGACGGAAUGCCGUCAGCACGGAGUCCCUGAUUGCUAGUGAGCAUCAGUGGACAACGAUGCUCCAAGGCAUGAUCUUAGUGCCUACGGAAACGCAGGCGGAGACGACACAGGCGGAGACAGAGAGAACAAUGCAGCAGCAGCAACAGCAACAGCUGAUGAACUCUACCAUCGCACACAUCAACGGCAUUGAGGCCAAGGCCUCAGCAGCGCCAGGCUGCACGACGGACGCGACGAAGCAAAUCAACGAACGCAUCGAUCACGUCGUCACCAUCAUCGGCGACAUAGGUGUUUUCAAUGGACCGGACACGAUCAGCAGCACGGUGGCCGCCAUCAAGAUGGACAUCAUCAAGCUACAGACGAGACCGGACGCCGCUACAAAGACGUUUAAGAUGCCGCACUUCGACAUCUGCAAGUUCGACGACUACAACAAGUCGGACGCUUUGACAUGGUGGCAACGUUUCCUUACGGAAGCAUCAUGCCGCACGGUCCCGGCGAACGACAUGUUGAAGGCACUUUAUUUGCAACUGAUUGAAGGAGCGCAGGCAUGGAUGAACCACCUGGUGGCCACCCAUAAGUGCACCAUCGUCGAACUCUACACGCACAUCACAUGGAAGGAGUUCGAGCAGCUAUGGUUCACCCGGUUCAUGGUCCGCAACGUCGUGAAGGCGGCCAUGAAUGAGGUGUACACAUGCUCUCAGGGGAACAUGCCAACUCGAGACUGGACAACGAAGUGGCAAAAGAUAGUGACCAGACCAGCUUCGACUUGACGUUUCCAAAUCAACGAUCCGAGUUCUU